GGGAGCCCGGCGCUGCGCAACCUCGGGGAAAAAAAAAAAAACCGCCACACACACGAGCGGCGCCCUCGCACGGAGAGCUGUGCCGGGGUUAUGAGACCGUCACCGCGAAGGAGAGGCUGAGCAACGGAGAGGCUCACCAUGACCAAGUCGUACAGCGAGAGCGGGCUGAUGGGCGAGCCCCAGCCGCAGGGCCCCCCGAGCUGGACGGACGAGUGCCUCAGCUCCCAGGACGAGGAGCACGAGGUGGACAAGAAGGAGGAGGAUCUGGAGGGUCUACACGCCGAGGCUGAGGAGGACUCGCUGCGGAACGGUGAGGAGGAGGACGAGGAGGACGACUUGGAUGAAGAGGAGGAGGAGGAAGAGGAGGAGGAAGACGACGACCAGAAGCCCAAGAGGCGGGGCCCCAAGAAGAAGAAGAUGACCAAGGCACGCAUGGAGCGAUUCAAGCUGCGGCGCAUGAAGGCCAAUGCCCGGGAGCGCAACCGCAUGCACGGGCUGAACGCGGCCCUGGACAACCUGCGCAAGGUGGUGCCCUGCUACUCCAAGACGCAGAAGCUCUCCAAGAUCGAGACCCUGCGCCUGGCCAAGAACUACAUCUGGGCACUCUCUGAGAUCCUGCGCUCGGGCAAGAGCCCGGACCUGGUCUCCUUCGUGCAGACCCUCUGCAAGGGCCUGUCGCAGCCCACCACCAACCUGGUGGCCGGCUGCCUGCAGCUCAACCCGCGGACUUUCCUCCCCGAGCAGAGCCAGGAGGUGCCGCCGCACGUGGCGGCGGCGGCGGCGGCGGGCGCGCCCUUCCCGGCGCAUCCCUACCCGUACCAGUCUCCGGGCCUGCCCAGCCCUCCCUACGGCACCAUGGACAGCUCCCACCUCUUCCACCUCAAGCCGCCGCACGCCUACGGCGCCGCGCUGGAGCCCUUCUUCGAGAGCGGGCUGGCGGAGGGCGCCAGCCCCGCCUUCGACGGGCCGCUCAGCCCGCCCCUCAGCGUGAACGGCAACUUCUCCUUCAAGCACGAGCCGGCCGCCGACUUCGACAAGAGCUACGCCUUCUCCAUGCACUACCCCGCCGCCGCCGCCGCGCUGGCCGCCGCGCCCGCCCACGCCGCCAUCUUCCCGCCCGCCGCCUCCCGCUGCGAGAUCCCGGUGGACGGGCUGGCGCCCUACGAGGGCCACCCGCACCACGAGCGCGUCCUCAGCGCCCAGCUCAACGCCAUCUUCCACGACUGAGCCUCCCCGCGCCGAGCGAGGGCAGGGGGAGCGCCGAGCCCUGCCGCCCGACACCGCCUUGUUUACAGGGGGCAGCUCGG